AUGUACUUGGCUUUACGGUUGCGGGCAACAGCGCGAUCAAUGUGGACCGUCCCAACGACUUCCCCCAAGUUCAAGAUUCAGAUGGUGUGCUUUGUGCUUCCGACAUGCACAACACUCACAUCCUUCUCCGAAAUAGUGACGUUUGAGCGAGAAGUGUCAUGUCUCGCCUGUUGCGCAAUAGCCCAAGCCCCGGUUCCGUACGCAUUCUGUAUUUGUCUCCAAGGAACGGCGGGACUACUAGUUUGUGUCAAAGGAAAACCAACGGUUGAAAAUACAGCAAACCAUCAACUCCCCGGAACUCCAUGCCAAUAUUAA